AUGCGGCCCUCUGCUCCCCUCCCGCUGCUGCUAUCCGUCUCUACAGCAGCAAACGCGAUCCCCCUCAUCGAUCGUCUCCUCCAUCUUCGUGGCACAAAGCCAACAAAGACCUACUCGGUUGUCAACGUUGAGGGAAGUCCCAGCGCCGACCCGCCAGUCGUCACCAUUACAAGAUCGCCUAUUCAGACAACGGUCACGGAGAGAGUCACCGAUACCGUCACCCAGAUCUCGUCUGCAGUACAGACAACAUCUACAUCCCUCAUCAUCGUAAACGUCGAUGGCACCACGGACAGCGGCCCGGCAACCGUCACUGUCUACCCAAGCGUGAAGCAUACCCCUGAAUCAACACCUUUGACUAUUACGCCCACGGCGACACCAACAACACCACCAGUUGCCCCUCCGCCAAGUUCUGCUGAGCCAGCUCCCUCCUCAGCUGCACCGUCAACUCAAGUUUCCGAGUCUGCCCAGCCAGCUCCUCCGUCAACAGCCACGCCUGACAUCCCAUCGACCAUUGUUGGUCCUUCAUCAAUCCCGACACCAUCCUCGAGCGCCCCUGUCGUGGUGCCUCCUCCAUCAAGCGAGACGUUGGCGUCGCCUAGCCCGUCUUCGCCAGUGCCUCCAUCGCCAUCGACAUCUGCCAUCGAGCUGCCGCCCUCUACGGAAACCCCAGUGGCACCAUCAUCAGCACUUGUCGGCUCCUCCACCGCCAUUGUUGUGCCGCCUCCUUCGACUGAAACUCAGUGCGUCUCCGUCGCCGUCGUCGUCGCCGUCCGCCAGUGUCUCUACGGGAGCAGUCGAGCCUCCUCCGUCAACAUGGACCUCUGUUGCUGCGCCCCCAGCAUCAUCCUCAGCAGCCGCAGUUUCCAGCUCUUCCGAGGCCAUUGUGGUGCCCCCGCAAUCAUCAGCAACAUGGGCUGCUCCAAGCGAGCCGGUAUCAACACCGGUUGA